GUAAAAUAAUAUACGACUUCUGGUUGUCUGGGUCUCUCAUGCAAAUGGAACUUUGGCAAACGUGAAUCGUCGAUAAGUCGAUUCGAGCUUGCACAACAGUGGAAAACAUAAUGAAAAAUCACAACACCGGAACAUACACUGUGAAAGUAACGUCCGAAAUACAAGCUACUAAACUCAAAGAACAACUAAAAUCGUUAGGGGAUGGAACGCCAGUUAUUGUCUCAGAUGACUUACGAAGGAAUCAGUGUAAAGCCAUUAUCUCGUGUCGUGACCUAAUAGGUAUAACAGAAACCACAGAAACUGAAAUCGUAAGCAAAAUGACUAUAAAAAGUGUCAUAAGUGCCCGGCACCUCAAACAUAGAGAAGGUUCUAAUUUAGUAGAAACCGGAACGGUGGUUCUGACAUUCAACAAGUGUUCCCCACCCGAAAAGGUUCAAGUUGCAUGUUAUCAAUUGCCCACUCGAACCUACUACCCAACCCCUAUGUUGUGUUAUAAAUGCGGAACUUUCGGACAUUUAAGCGACAAGUGUAAAAAUGAGCAAAUUUGUCUGAAGUGUUCUAACGAAACCCACGGCAAAGAUGUCCCAUGUCCGAAUCCUCAAAAAUGUAAGAACUGUUCGGCUGACCAUAGUGCCUUUAGUCGAGCAUGCCCGGUACGCAAACAUGAAGAACUUAUAGUGAAAACAAAAUACGACAUGGACAUAUCGUACCCGGCUGUCCGAAGAAUGGUCGAAGAACGAUCUGGAGCAAGGAGCUUCAGCAGCGUAGUUGUGGCCGGAAUAUCCGGUAGUGAAAACAGUGAAGCAAACGAAGAAAGACUACAGUGGAUAAGUGAGAUAAAAAAGAAAGAAGAAAUGAUAAAAGAAAAAGAAGUGUUCUACAUGACGAAAAUCGAAGAGUUGUGCAAAAAACAAGAAGAAAUGGAAAAGAAAAAUGAUGACUCUAAAAAAUUGGAUGAAAUGAAAGAAGCAAUGGAUAAAAGUAAACAACAAAUAAAAAAACUGGAAGAUAGCCUAAAUCAAAAGAUGAAUACAUACGCCUUCUGGAGGAAAGGAUUCGCAGCCAAUGUGUACUUAUUGUGUCACAACAUAGUACAACCAAGGGCAAAAAUAUCGGAAAAGCACUAACGAAACGAACAUGGACUGACCGUGCUAAAUCUCAAGAUUCCGACAACUCGGACUCCUCAUCGCCCAAAGCUAAAGCACUAGCGUUGGACGAAGAAAGUCAAAUGGAUAUGUUUGAGGACUCGGUGCUGAUAGAUAUCAGUUCCGAAACCCAGCCUUCGUCUUCAUAGUUCAAUGGAACUGCAACGGAUUACGUGCAAGAUACUCUGAGAUGCAGCUUUCUAUUAAACAAUACACCCCGAAAAUCAAGAAAUUAAACUGACAAAAAGAAUAAAUUUCCCCGGAUAUGAAAUGUUCUGUAACUACAGAACCAACCACGGAGGAGGAGUAGUUAUCGCAGCACUAAAUGGAAUAACUGCAAACCAAAUACCUCUACGAACAACCCUAGAAGCCGUAGCAAUAACUGUAGAAAUUCCCAUAAAGACUACAAUAUGCUCUAUCUACCUCCCGCCAAACUGCCUUUUGACAAAAUCAGACCUAACAAACCUUCUUGAGCAACUACCAAAACCUAUAGUACUGCUCGGAGAUGUGAACGCACGCCACCAUCUAUGGAGUCAAACAGGUGAAGACGGACGGUCGAAGCAAAAUAAUAGCUUCCGUCCUCGAUGAUUUUGACCUGAUUAUUCUUAACGAUACAAGCCCUACUCAUUUCCCACAACAAAACGGAUAUGCUCCAUCCUCUCCAGAUAUCUCAGCUUGCAGCCCAGAGAUCGCCCACAAACUCGUGUGGAGAUGCUGCAACGAUCUACAUGGAAGCGACCACACACACAUUUUCCUCGGGGAGCAAGAAACUACCGCUUCUAAACUGGCAUAAAUAUGAAACCGAAAUAGAAAACCGAAUUCAACCUGAUGUUUCUUACAGUAUUGAAGAGCUAUCCGAUAUCAUCCGGGCAGCAAGCGAAUCCUCUUCUAUUCCCAAAACCAACGAUACCGUUCAAAAACGUCAUAUCCCAUGGUGGGUUCGGAGGGUGGCAGAAGCGGUACAAAACGAAGGAGACUUUUGAGGAAGCUAAAAUCAACGGACCCUUCGAACCAGAACUACGAACAGUUGAGGCUGCAAUUUAGAAAAGCCAGAUGCGAAGCCAGAAAAGUAAUCGAAGAAGAAAAAACUCGAUGUUGGGAAGAGUACACAACGUCAAUCAAUGUGGAAACACCUGUAUCUGAGAUCUGGGGAAAAAUAAGGGCAAUUUCGGGUAAACUGCCGACAACCAAAACGUGGUCCCUCAAAUCUGACAAUGGCCCAAUUACUGACAAUAUGCAAAUAGCCGAGCACCUUGCCUCUUUCUUUGAGAACGUUUCGUCUGAUCAAGCAUAUCCAUCAAGGUUUUAACAAAUGCAGCAAAACCAGGAACAUCUCCCUGUUAAGUUAACGAACUGACAGCAUUCAUAACGCUAUGCUUCAAAGGCUACCGUUCUACGCGAUUCGAUAGCUUCUCGAAGCUUUCAACAACUUGUGGGAAAACAACACCUUUCCAGAGGAGUGGAAAGAAAUUAUUCUAGUCCCUAUUCCAAAGCCGAAGAAGAAUCCCAAUGACCCUACAAACCUCCGACCGAUCCAUCUAUCUAGCUGCGUCCUCAAGUUGUUUGAACGUAUGGUCAAUCGAAGAUUGAUGGACGUCUUGGAAGAACAUGAAUUUUUAGGCCAACAUCAAUCCGCUUUCCGUCGCGAAAGACAAACAUUAGAUGUACUGGCCAAAUUAGAAAACUUCGAAAAACUGGCAUUGAAAGAAAACAUCACGUCGAAUAUCCCUUCCUUGACAUCGAGAAGGCGUACGACAGGACUUGGCGUAGACUUAUCCUGAGUACACUAGCUAAAGCGAACAUAGGAGGCAAAAUGUCUAAAUUUUGCACACCGUUCCUCAGCGAAAGAAAGUUCCGAGUAAGCUUUAACGGGGUUAUCUCAUCCAUGAAACAGUUGGAAAACGGAGUUCCUCAAGGCUCAGUUUUAGCCGUAACAUUUUUUCUACUGGCAAUUAAGUCAAUACAAAGUUUUGUCCCGGACGAUGCUUUCUUAGAACUCUUCGCAGACGACAUUACAAUAGGUAUAGCAAGUCCUAACGUCAGAACGGUAAGGCAAAAGCUACAGAAAAUCCUGAAACAAAUCGACGAAUGGUCCUUAUCAACCGGAUUCAAAAUCUCGACUUCGAAAUCAGCUGCUAUGCACAUCUGCUCUAAAUGACGGCAUCGCCGCCACCAGCAACCAUGACCAUCGAACGGUAAUGAAAUCGAAUUCGUCCGGUCCCAUAAAGUCCUAGGUGUUUGGAUAGAUUCACGCCUCAAUUUUAAACAAAACGUAUCAAUUGCCAAAUCUGAAGGAAAAAAGGACUUAAUUUACUAAAAUGCUUAGCUAAAACCAAGUUUGGAGCUGAUAGAAUUUGCAUGAUGAGGAUACUGAACUCUGUAAUAAUCCCCAAAAUCGAAUCCGGAUAUGAAUAUAUGCUUUGCGUCUCCAGGUCGCGCGUAUCUACAAAACACACUCGACAUUUCCAUUGAAUUUUGGAAUUCAUUUGACAAAUUUGGUGAGCUUCGGCAAAUGGUUCAACAAAGAAUUAUUUUUUAGAAAACUGAUUAAUUUCAAUGAUGAUUAUAGUCUUAUUUUUGUGUACGGUAUGUGGUAAUUCUGCCAAUUUUAUUUUAACGAUCUGAAAUCUGAACACCGCAGCGCACUGAACUUUUAUUACACUGACAAAAUACUUCACACAUUAGUGUGUGCAAUUUCACACAUUUUGGAAAUAAGUAGACCAACACAUUAAAUGUGUGAAGGUACUGCUGCACAUUUUUGUGAAACACCGCUUAAGAAACGAAAUGUGAGCGUUUCACACAUUAUGCAAAAAGCGUUUAAAACGGGAAAAUGUGUGAAAUAAUGAGGCGCUUAGAGAGGAAAAUGUGUAAAAUUAAGAAAUAUGGAAAAAGGCCGCUAUUUUUAUGAAUGAUUGGAACCGAAUGAAAUGCUGUUUCUGCCGAACAAUUCCUCGCCAAAUGGUACCGACAGCAAGCAGUUGGCUGAGUUCGAAAUCUAGAAAAAGGAACAAAAUAAUUUAAUAGUAUGAUGUUAAUAGAUUUGAAUAAUGGCGGCAACUUACAUUUCACUUGUUACGACGAUCCAGCCGUAUAAAUUCUUCGACGUAUUAUGGCUGACACCAAAUUGAUUGAGAAAACAACAAGUGUGAUAUCACACACUCUCAUCUUAUAAAGACUGAUCCGGAUAAUGUGUAAAUUUCGAAUCUGCAUGGUGUGUAAAAAUCACAAACCGUUUUAAAACCGGCCGGGUCAAUAACGAAAAAUAGGCAACUGAGAGCUGGUGCUGGUUUGUUAAAUAUCUUGAACUUCCGUAAUAUGCCGCAGGUUGGUGGUUGAUGCCAUUUACAAUCGGAGAACCAUUAACUACACCUACUCGUCACCAAGGACGAUUGAGAAACUGAGAUGAAAUUCAUGAAAGCCAUGACUACCAGACGAGUCUUAAGCGGUGGGAACUUUCGGAAAUACGACGUGGCCCGCGGAAAGGAUGUGUUUCACAGAAGACAGGGUGAUUAUGAAGAUACCUAUUCCACGAUACCUAUUUAUCUAAAAUGGGAUGUGAUGGCGGAACUAUUCCUCGGCGUGACGAACUGGUUCGCUUGAAGAAAAAACCUGAACAG